GUAAAUCCUUUAAUUCAGCCUUGAAUAUCAAACAUCCUAAGCAGACUCCCGCCCCCCCUGCAGAGUUUCAGAGUUAGUGUGAUGUGCACCCAUAUGAUUCUGACUUUACUGCUUAAAAUCGCAAGCAUUACUCUGCAAUUUGCUUUUUAGUUUUUGGUGGAUUAAAAAAAACAGUUUCUAAAGAGGGAACUGAAAGAAUAACCCAGUUCACAUCAAAUCAACAACAGAGGGAUCCCCUUUCACAUCCUGCCCCUGCGCUCUGGAUCAAGUGACACCUAGAACAUUCACACAUGCAGAGACGAGCGCCUGCUUUAUUUUUGUUUCCUUGAUCGAUUUUUGAGUGCGAUACUGGACGGGAAAGGGCGACCAUGUAGAUCAUCGUCUGUGUUGCUGUGUUUUUUUGUCACAUCUUGAGCGCGACACUGACACCCAGCCCUUCCCCUGCGCCUCCGGGGAUCAGCGCGUCAGCUAAAAGCGUUAAACAUGAAUGCGCAAAGACCCUGAGAAGAAUCGGCGGGGAUUAAAAUCCGCAACGUUUGGGAUGUUCAGGCUGCAUUAGCCCCGAAUCCUUUAACGCCAGCUGCUCACAGCCCGUGGCCAGAGCAGGAAAUCAUGAUAAAGUGAACAGAUUGCGCCCGAAUCAGAGGAGUCUUUAUCCAGAUCCAGUGGAAAUGACAUUUUCCUUUAAGAUGAUGUAGGACAAACUUCACGGGUUGAUAUCUCUCCCUCCCUCUUUCUCUCUUCAUGGCACAGCUUGGAGCGCCGUUAUCUUCAACCUGCUGGUUGAGCUGUUUCCGCACUCAGCAGUUUGGAGAGAUCUGUGCGCGCUGGAGUCCCGCUUCUUCUUCCAUCCUCCUCACUGUGAAUGUUACGGCAUCACAGUCACUGGUUUUCAACUUGUACUUACUGGGAUCUAUAAACAAAAACUUUCCAAAGAAAGCAAUAUUUUUUUAAAAUCCAUUUGAAAGAAAAUGUCUUUAAAAUGUUCUCUUUUUUAAUGGAGGAGAGGUGCGUAACAUGAUGCUGGCCAUGACCAUCGAUUUCCAAAAGAUGAGCCGCGGGGAGGGACGUUUACGCAGCGGAUUAAAGGGAAUAUUAUAGACACACCUUGAUUAUUCUACUAUGAGACUGUGGAUGUGAUGACUGCAGCUUGGAUCAAGAGGAUCUGAGUGCUUGAGCACCGCGCAGCUGCGUAAAACAUGAACAUCUGGGACUUUUACGCUCGGUGAUCGGAUCUUUUUUGCGCACGAACUGAACAAAAAUGGCUUUGAGUGAAAACUGCAAAACGCAACCAGCUAAAGAGCAGGGCACGGUGCAAAACCCUCCAACGGACGUCAUUGAACUGAACGUGGGUGGCCAAGUGUACUACACUCGCCAUGCCACUUUGACAAGUGUUCCAAAUUCUCUACUUGGAAAGCUGUUCUCUAGCAAGAAAGGGUCUUUGAACGACUUAUCCCGGGACCUCAGGGGGCGAUAUUUCAUUGAUAGGGAUGGUUUCUUGUUUCGUUAUGUGUUGGAUUACCUCAGAGACAAACAAGUUGUUCUCCCGGACCACUUCCCGGAGAGAGGGAGGUUGAAACGGGAGGCAGAGCACUUCCAGCUGCCGGAAUUGGUCAAACUCUUGUCGGCGGAGGAGUCCAAACUCUUUCCGGACGACUUGUACUGCAGCGAUUUGGAAGAUGCGUCUCAGGGCAGCGAGAGGUUUUACUCCUCCUUUUCCUUUGACAGGAGGUACGGCUACAUCACGGUCACUUUCAUUGGAGCUUGCGCCGCGAGAACCAGGGAAGGUCACAGUGAAACUAAGAACAAAAAGUUGCCGAGAAUCUUCAUCAGCAGCAGGAUCGGUUUGGCCAAAGAGGUGUUUGGAGACGCCCUGAACGAGAACAAGGACGCAGACAGACCAGCGGACCGGUACACCUGCAGGUUUUAUCUGAAGUUCAAACACCUGGAGAGAGCUUUUGACAUGCUGUCAGAGUGUGGCUUUCACAUUGUGGCCUGCAAUACGUCCCUGACUUCGUCCAGCAUGGGCCAUUACGCGGACGACAGGGUUUGGUCCAAUUACGCACAGUACAUCUUUUACCGUGGGCCCUCUCGGUGGUCAUCGUCUCACUGCGACUGCUGCUGCAAGAGCCACAAAAGUGAGCGUGAAGGGGAGAGCGGCACCUCUUUGAACGACCUUUCCACCUCCUGCUCCGAGACCCAGUCCGAAGCCAGUUCCCCUCAGGGGACUGUGAUCCGCGGCCCCGUCAGCCGGCAGUCCAACAUCCAGACGCUGGACCGCUCCCUCCCUAAGGGUCCGGUCCACAUGCUGCAGCAGGCUGAGAUGCGCCGCAAGACGGAAAUGCUUCGGGUCAGAACCUUUGGGGUUCGGGAACGAGAGGCUGCAAAGAGGAAAGCGAACAAGGAAAAGAUGACUCCCGAGCAGGAGCUGGAGAAAUGCAUCCAGGACUUCCGGCGCAUUAGAAUUCCUGAUCACUUCCCGGAAAGGAAGUACAUGUGGCAAUCAGAGCUCCUAAGAAAAUACCGUCUCUAAAGAAACAAAACCCUCAACAGAUAGUAUUUACCAUAUAAGCAAUACACUGCAUUCCCUAGACACAUACUGUAAUGUAAAAAAAAAAUCAUCCAAGCAACACAGAGCAGUGUGAACCAUGGAUUCGUAAACUUUGCACAUUUGUUGUGUAUGAUCUGCACAGGUGUAAAUCAAACAGACAUUAAACCCACCUCUCUGCAUGCAGAGAGAGCUGAGAGGCAGCCAUAAUACAGGUUAGAGCAUCACUAACAACAAAGCAACCUCAGGGGAAACAUCAUUUCAGCUCACAUACUCCUCACCCACUGUAUGUGCAAUCGCCCACAGUUGUUUUUAGAAACGGAUGUACCCAGAUGGUGCAGUGAGUUAGCAAUGGAGUCCCACUGAAUUUCACUGAUAGCACACAUAUGUUACUACGCUCCAGUAAUGGCACUGCAUGUCAUUUCACCCUUAGCAUAAUCAUGCAAUAUCAAACAAAGUUUAAUUUCACUUUUUCGUCUGAUGGAAGGGAAAAAAUGUCGCCACGAGUAUUGAGGGAAACACUGCCUUGAUCUGUUUGCCACAUAUGAACAUUUGUCUAAACUUGUCAGUAUGUAUUGGUUAGAUAACUUUGUGUAGGUAGAAUUAUGAAAUACCAUUGAAUAUUGAUCUAAUUUUUGGUUGUGAAUGUGCAGAGGAAGUAAAUAAAUGGGUAAGAGUUGUA